UGCAGUGGACACAUUGGCAGCUUGUCCUUGUCUGAAGACAGUUGUUAUAUUAUAACACCUCACACAGGUCAUUGUCCUGUUAGUUUGGCUCAUAUCAGGAAGUGAACAUUGAAAACCAUGGGGGAGCGUUUUGACUGCCAUUAUUGCAAGGAGUCCCUCCUUGGUAUGAAAUAUGUAUUACGAGAGAACAAACAAUACUGCAUCAAGUGCUAUGAAAACUUGUAUUCUAACACCUGUGAAGACUGCAAGACUGCAAUUGGCAGUGACUGCAAGGAUCUCUCUUACAAGGACCAUCACUGGCACGAGCAGUGUUUCAAGUGUGCUAAAUGCAGCCGUUCUCUGGUUGAAAAGCCUUUUGCUGCAAAGGAUGAGAAUCUGCUGUGCACUGAGUGCUAUUCCAAUGAGUACUCCUCAAAGUGCUUCACCUGCAAGAGGACCAUCAUGCCUGGAUCUCGCAAGAUGGAAUACAAGGGAAACAGCUGGCAUGAAACCUGCUUCAUCUGCAAACGUUGCCGACAGCCCAUAGGAACCAAGCCUUUUAUCCCCAAGGAGAAUGAUACUUACUGCGUUUCAUGCUAUGAGAAGCAGUUUGCUCUACAGUGCUCGGCCUGCAAGAAGGCUAUCACCACUGGAGGAGUGACUUACCAUGACCAGCCAUGGCACAAGGAGUGCUUUCUGUGUACUGGAUGCAAAAUGCAACUGGCAGGUCAGCGUUUCACUUCCAGGGACAACUUCCCAUACUGCCUGGAUUGCUUCAGCAAUCUCUAUGCUAAGAAGUGUACGGCCUGCGCCAAAUCAAUCACCGGACUUGGAGGCGCAAAAUAUAUUUCCUUUGAAGAUCGCCAGUGGCACAACGACUGCUUCAACUGCAACAAAUGUGCCAUCUCACUGGUCGGGCGAGGUUUCCUCACUCAGAGAGAUGAUGUCCUCUGCCCUGAAUGUGGCCGCGAUAUUUAAACUGGAGAACCAAUUUUUGCCUGGAUUUGGUAUAGCAAAUGGUACAGCAUUACUGUAGGUCCUUAAUAUACACAUAUCCUGAUUAGCACAGAUUUUAGUAGAGAAAUAGUCAAUAAUCUUUUAUAAAUCUCUCUAACAGAAGACUGGCAUGCAUUUUUUUUUGUAGUCCCCACCCCCCCUAAUAGAAAAUAGUUCUAAAAUUUUUCUUUGUGUUAACUUCCGUGAUUAUUAUCACAUCAUAUAUCACAUUUUCUCUCCUCCAUAAUCUGUGGCUCCAAAUAUCUACUUUUAAGACUGCACUCAUUAAAGCAGUUAGAUUUGAAAUGACCGGGAAAGAAAAUGCAACAAGUGUAGAUGGGAAGUCUGCAAGGAGUAAUUUUAACUAGAAAUUCUCAGCUCCACUGGCUAAGCAAAAGUGCCGAUACCUAAAAUAACACAGCCCAUAAGUCAAGACAGACACACAAAAGAGUUGCAUUCAACAAGAUUAAAUAAGAAAGACAAUACUUGACAAAUGACUGUCUUACUGGUAAGUGAGUGGAGCUGGGGAAUGACAGGCAUUUCGGUGGAUCAGGAUAAUGUCAAUAUUUUGCUUACAUGAAAACUGAGAAAGGGUAGAUCUGUCAGCACAUUGUGUUUCUUUAAAGUCAGUUGUACAGGACAUACAAUAAUGAAAAUGUGUGAGAUGUGUUCCAAAUCACAUGUGAAAUACUGUGGGGACGAGUACUUAAUAUUUGUGGUUGUAAUACAAUCCAUCCUACUCAAAGUUUGUAUGAUGGCGGUUUUGCUGCUGAGUUGGCUUAGAACAUAAAUACUAUGCACGCAGAACAUUAAUAAUAAUAGUAAGAGCUGACGUGGUGGUAUGAUUAUUCAUAAAAAUUCAAAUGCAUAUGUAGCAUGAAUGAUACAUGUACGAAUUACUGUAUUUUAUAUUGUGGUAUUGCUUUAUCUAUAGUACUUUAACUUUUCCUAUCUACUAACUUGCUCUGAAGACAUCACUGUUGUUCAAUAUAACCCAUGAACCUAGUGCAGACCCAAAUCAACCUAUACUAUGUACUAACAAUAAUAAAGACUCCCAGAAUGAUUCACCUUAGAAAAUGUAACAAUGAUAUGCUUUGGACUGAAAUCCAUCUAUAGCUGGUUCUUAAAAUGAUGAGUUGAAUAAGAUUUGAUGCGGAAAUCUACGUAAUGUUGUUUCAUUGAAUCUCUUUUAUUGGUUUUUUUAAGGUUAGUUUGGUGGGAGAGGGUAAACUAGUUCAAUGCACAAAGCCAGUCAGUCAAGAUCCGCCACCAAUCACAUAGAAGUCAGAGAAACUGAUCCAUUUAAUUGCUACGGCAGUUCACAAACCAUUGUCUGGUCUGAUAUAGAUGGAUAGUAAUAAUAAUCCUUGCAUUUUCAGUU